AUGUGUUACUGGAUCCAUGAUGUUGAUCAACCUGAGCUGGUCGCUCUGAUAGGGCAGGUGGUUGAGGCGUAUGUAACAGAGCACCACACGACUGACAUCCUGCAGAUCCUUCUGGCGCUUGAUGAAAAUGCCCACUACUCGGUGGUCAGCAACACCAUGAAGCUAUUCGAAGCCAACAUGGAGGUGGGAGACUACUAUAACGCCUACCCCAGCGAGGUCAUCAACAUCUUCGACAAUGCCCUUCACAGAGCCGCCAAGACGGUGUCAGUAAACUCAACACAGCAAGGCUGGCACGAGAUCAAACACCACCUGCAUGCCCGAAUCACAGGUCUUCCUGUGUGUCCAGAACUCACCAGGGAGAACAUCCCCAAGUCUCGGAACGCGGGUCACUUCCUGUUCGUAACAGACACGGUCAUCCGCACCAGUGUGACCAAAAUCCUGGAGUACAAGAGGGACUUCAUGUGCUUUAAGUGCCAUCAUGCGCCCUCCCUGCUGGCUGACUUUCCCACCUACUGCCGGAUGGCUCCCACCUACUGCCCCAACCAGGACCUCUGCAACUCCAAGUUCACCUGCCAGUUAGGGAGCUACCCGGCAGCUUGCAGGGACUAACCGCAAAUUAAGAUCCAGGAGCAGGUGAUCACAAUGAAUGUUGGGCUGAUUUUCAAAAAUGUCAUUAUUGUGAUUAAAAAUGAGCAAGACGAUGUCACAGUGCAUGGAGUAGUUUGUCAGCGAUGGAAGCCCCUGUAUGAGGGCGCACGUUGUGAACUGGAUCUUGUGUUGAAAGCCAACUUUAUUGAAGUGAACAAUGAGCAGACCAUGGCAGCUCUGGUCCUAGAGGACAUGCAGAAGGAGUUUGACUAGCUCUGGGACAAUUGCAAACAUGACCCUAUAGCUGGCAGGAAGCAGAUUCUCAUGAGUCUGUGCCCACAGGUGUUUGGAAUGUACGUAGUUAAGUUAUCUGUUGCUAUGGUGUUAGCCGGUGGGGUGCAAAGAAUAGAUCCCUCUGGAACAAAGGUAAGAGGCGAGUCUCAUCUUCUGCAGGUGGAGUUUCUGAAGUACGCUGCUAAAAUCACUCCCUCUGUCCUCACUGCUGGGAUCUGCUCCAAUACCACAGGUCUGUCUGCCCUCUCCGUGAAGGAGUCUUGGGAGUGGCAUCUAGAGGCAGGAGCUCUGGUGCUGUCUGACGGGGGUCUUUGUUGUAUUGAUAAGUUCAACAGCAUCAAAGAGCACGACCGCACCAGUAUCCACGGAACCAUGGAGAAGCAGACCAUCAGUGUGGCCAAGGCCAGCAUGGUGUGCAAACUGAACACCAGGACAACCAUCUUGGCAGCCACCAACCCUAAGGGCCAGUAUGACCCCAAUGUGCCUGUGUCGGUCAACGUGGCCCUUGCCAGCCCCCUGCUCAGCCGUUUUGACCUGGUCCUGGUCGUACUGGAUGUUAGAGAUGAGUCUCUGUGGUGCAUGGAAAAGAUGAAGGCCUAUUUCUGCCUUACCAAGGGGCUGCAGCCGCGGGUGUCUGAGGAGGCCAACUCCAUUCUGUCCAGAGGCUACUACCAGUUGCAGAAGCAAAGCGACAGCAGGAACGCAGCCCACACCACAGACCGCAAGCUGGAGAGCCUCAGCCGCCUCGCAGAGUCACGUGCCAGGUUGAUGUUUCCAGACACUGUCACUGUGGAGGAUGCUGUUGUUGAGGUCUCUGUCACGGAGUGCUCUAUGCAAGGGGGCGCUCUCCUGGGAGAUAGAAAUGCUCUGCACAUGUCAUUUCCUGACAACCCCAGUCAGCAGUACCGGACACAGUGUCAGUUCGUUCUGGAGGGACUCCAGCUCCUACACAUCCUCAACAAGGAGAUGGACAGGCUCUCAAGGUGA